AUGGCUAUAGAAUCAGAGGAAACAUCAUCAAAUAUUCCGUGGGAGAUCAUCGAAAUUAUCCUGUCGAAAUUAUCAUCUGUGAAAUCUCUUCUUCGAUUCAAAUCAGUUUCAAAGUCAUGGAAUACUUUAAUCUCCAAUCCUUUAUUCAUUCAAAAUCAUCUCGAGUCCUCGAAUAACUCUCCGGAUAAUAAUCUCUUCCUAUGUUUGGGUACAUAUGGUACUGUUAGAGGGUUUCCUUUGGUUAAAUUCGAAGUUGGAAAUAUCCACUCCGGAGAAAAACCCGUAGAGAAUAUUCCCAAUGGGUACGACAGUAUAUUAUGCGAAUGUAACGGCGUGCUACUCUUGACCAACCUCCACGGCAGGUGUCGUAGCAAAUACGCACUGUGGAAUCCAUCAACUCGCUCUAAGGUGUUUCUCAUAAACCGAUGCGAGUUUAGUGAAGAUUAUGUACUGGAUUGUGGGGUUUGUUAUGACAAAAUAACGGGCGAUUUCAAGGUUGUCUUUGUUUACGAAACGAAAUAUUCAAUUUAUUCGUGUAAUAACAACUCUUGGACCAAAAAGUAUUUAAGAAAAAAAUUCUAUACCAUUCUUGGUACUCCAGGUGCGGCUAUAUUCGUUGACGGAGCUACCUAUUGGAUUUUGGGAGUCGAGAGCAAGAAUAUUUCAGGUACACAACUAGUGUAUUUCGACCCAAGAACCGAUGAGCUCAAUAUUUUGAAAAAGCCCGAACAAUUAAGUGAUGACAAAUUUCAUUUAAUUAACAAGACUUCUUUGGGAGGAAGCCUAUGUUUGUACCACUAUAACUACAAUGAGAACAGUAUCCAGAUCUGGAUAAAGGAAAAGGGCAUUGAUGUCGGGGAGAAUAGUACUCACUGGAAAGAGUUUAUGACGGUUGGAAAUUUCCGGGUUCCGUAUUUGUGGAUUACGCCAAUAUGUUUCAUGGGAAAUAAGGUUGUAAUUCAAGUAGAGCGUAAGAAAUUUGUCUACUAUAGCCCUACUGAGAAGACGUUUGAAGAGUUUGCAGAGAUUGAUGUAAACUGCAAUAGAUUCAUUCCGUAUCGGAAUAGUCUCUAUUUCCCAACUGCUGUCAGGACGACGACAAUUAAAGCUCAGCAGAGUAGGUUUAUGUUACCUGAGCAUAAGUAUUUAUGCAUGUAG